UCUGUGUACAAAAAAGCUGUGACUCGAAAUGCGGCAUUCGUGUGGCCAAAUGCUUCUGUUGUGGUUGUGCCUGCUGCUCUGCCAACUAGCGCCGUUGCAGGCCAGUAUACUCAAUACGCUGCUGGGCGUGCCCGCCGAGUGUGUGCAUCAGAGCGGCGUCUGGCCCUGCAAGCUGAGCUUCUCCUGCUGGCUGCAGGGUGGCAAGCAUGCCAAGGGCUGCGGCAGCAACAAGUGGCUAUUUAGCUGCUGCAUCGCCGAGCCGCAUCAGCAUCAGCAUCAGCAUACGCAUCAGUCGCCGCUGGAAAAUCUGGUGGACUAUGGCAAACUCAAGUUGGGUCUGAAUAGUCUGCCCAAACGCAUUAUGUUGCGGCGACGCGACGAUAACGAGCUGCUCAAUCUCAAGCCGGAAUGUGGACUGCCGCGCAUAGCACAGAAUACGCUGCAGAAGCGCAUCAUUGGCGGACGGCCGGCACAGUUUGCAGAGUAUCCGUGGCUGGCGCAUAUACGCAUUGCGGAGUAUCAGUGCGGCGGAGUGCUGAUCUCGGCUAAUAUGGUGGCGACGGCGGCGCAUUGCAUUCAGCAGGCACAGCUGCCAGAUAUAACCGUGUAUCUGGGAGAGCUGGACACACAGAAUCUGGGCCACAUACAAGAGCCGCUGCCCGUGGAGAAGCACAGUGUGCUGCAAAAGAUAAUACAUCCGCGCUUCAACUUUCGCAUCACACAGCCGGACCGCUACGAUCUGGCGCUGCUUAAGCUGGCCCGCCCGACGGGUUUCAGCGAGCAUAUCUUACCCAUUUGCCUGCCACAGUAUCCCAUACGGUUGGUGGGACGCAAGGGAUUGAUCGCCGGCUGGGGCAAGACAGAGGCGCAUAUGGGUCAUGCCGGCACCAACAUGCUGCAGGUGGCCAGUGUGCCCAUCAUUUCCACCUUGGAGUGCAUUCGAUGGCAUGAGAGCAAACAGAUCAGUGUGGAAAUCAAAUCGGAAAUGUUCUGCGCCGGCCAUUCCGACGGCCAUAUGGAUGCGUGUUUAGGUGACUCUGGCGGUCCGUUGGUCAUCAAAGAACGUGGUCGCUUUGUGCUCGUGGGCAUAACCAGCGCCGGUUUUGGCUGCGGCGUCGAUCAUCAGCCGGGCAUCUAUCACAAUUUGCAGAAGAGUCUGCGCUGGGUGGAAGACGUCGUGGCGCACAAUGAGCUAUACUCUAAAUUUGACAUUAGUCAUGGCAGCAGCAGCGGCAGCGGCAGCAGCAAGAGCAGCUUAGCGACAGGCGACAUGCAAUUGCCAAUUGCAUGGCUGCCGCCGCUGCCAACGUCUCUGCCGCUGCUCCUGCUGCUUGGCCAAUGGCUGUGUGUGUGUCGCUGCCUCGUCGCCGCCCACGGCGGCUACAACUCCGUGUACAAUGCGGUGGUCACGCCGGAGCUGAAGCAGGCCAUUGACAAGGAUCUGCCCAAACAGGCCAAGUUCUUCGAUGAGCUUGAUUGUAAUGAAAGUACGCGCUUGUUGCGUUGCGCUCCUCGCCAGGAGCCAGACAUGUCGCGCGCCCGAACACACACGCACUGCCACAUAAAGGAUAAAUGGCUGGGCCUGCUGCUCAUCUAUGCGCUGGCGCCGAGCGGCCGCAAUGUCUGCGCCCUGGGCUAUCCGAGCGCACAGCAGGAGCACGAUAUGCUCAUACUGGAUGCGCUCUCACGUCGCAGCGGCACCGGCUAUUAUGGCGAGAACAGCGUCAUGGAGAUGCUAUCCCGAAUGAUACCGCAAUCGUGCCGCUUCCGUGGCCACAAAUUCGAAUGCGGCCUGUCCAUCUCGUGCGUCUUGGGCGGCGGCAAGCCGCUGGAUCUAUGCUCGGGCGGCAUGAUCUGGUCAUGCUGUGUCGACAAAGAUCUCGAUGCCGAGGAGAGUCCACAUGCGGCGCCGGUCAACAAUACAAGUGACAUAAUACACUUGCACGACAUUUAUCCCGACUUGUCGCCAACCGCAAACAAGCCGGCACAUCAUCAACCACAUCACCAGACGCAACAACAGCACCACACCAUCAACAACAACAACAACAAUAAUAACGGCCUGUCAGCGGCCUCGUCAGCACGACCCGCCUAUCCCAGCCACGCCUACUACAGCACAAAACGUCCAUCGCUUUAUAGCGGCAAUCCCUACAAGCCCAGCUCCAGCUCCGGCUCCGGCUCCAGCUCCAGCUCAUCGAUACAUCGUCCCAUCGCCUCCAGCCUGAACAGCUGGGAGCAUGACGCGAAUCACUUGGGCAUCACCAAUCAUCUGGAUAGUUUCUUUGAUGCAGAUGCGCCGCCAGAUAGCGCCGCCGCGACGCGUCCAACGGCAGCACAUGUGCCGCAGGCACAGCCCUUUGCCGUGGGCAAUGUGCUCGAUCUGAAUGCGGGCGAGGCGGCGGAUGAAUACGAGAGUGGUGGUGGCUACAAUGACGGCAGCUAUCGUCCAGUGCCGGGCUGCGGUGAGGUUUUUUCACGCACCAAUCGGAUCGUGGGCGGCCACUCCACGGGCUUUGGCUCGCAUCCCUGGCAGGUGGCGCUCAUCAAGAGCGGUUUUCUUACGCGCAAACUGAGCUGUGGCGGUGCUCUGAUAUCCAAUCGCUGGGUGGUUACUGCCGCUCACUGUGUGGCCACCACCACCAAUUCGAACAUGAAGAUACGCCUGGGCGAGUGGGAUGUGCGCGGCCAGGAGGAGCGUCUGAAUCACGAGGAAUAUGGCAUUGAGCGCAAGGAGGUGCAUCCACACUAUAAUCCUGCCGAUUUCAAGAACGAUGUGGCGCUGAUACGGCUCGAUCGCAAUGUGGUUUACAAGCAGCACAUUAUACCCGUUUGCCUGCCGCCGCCCACGACAAAGUUAACAGGCAAAAUGGCAACUGUGGCGGGCUGGGGACGCACGCGGCAUGGUCAGAGCACGGUGCCCUCGGUGCUGCAGGAGGUGGAUGUGGAGGUCAUCUCGAAUGAUCGCUGCCAGCGCUGGUUCCGCGCAGCCGGACGACGCGAGGCCAUACACGAUGUAUUUCUGUGCGCAGGCUAUAAGGAGGGCGGCCGGGAUUCCUGCCAGGGCGAUAGCGGCGGGCCGCUCACGCUUACAAUGGAUGGCCGCAAGACCCUCAUUGGCCUCGUCUCCUGGGGCAUUGGCUGCGGCAGGGAGCAUCUGCCGGGCGUUUAUACCAAUAUACAGCACUUUGUACCAUGGAUCAACAAGGUUAUGGCCAAUGACAACAAUGCGUGAAUGCAGUUUGUAUAUGCCACAUGCGGCUAUCACUUAAUCAAUUGGAAGACUGCAGUCAACCGCUUGCAGUCACCCGUUUGUCUGGCCAUGUGAUUCCUCUACGACUCGGGGUUGCUAGUGUUUAAGUUUAAGCUCUCAAUCAGUACGCAGCUGCAAUUUAUUUAUUUUUUUUAUUUUUGGUUGGAUUUAACCCAUUCAAGAUAUUCCACUCAAUGCGGCUCCACUUUAAU